AGUAUUAAUGUAAAAUUAUGCAUAAAUCCGGUUUGAAUAAACAAACAAUUAAUUAUGUCAAGUCUUUAAUUUUAGACUAACAAAAUGUUUAUACAUGCAAAAAAUUGUUAUGGAAGAGCUGAGAAUUUGAGACAAGUAAUUUUUACUUAAGGGGGUCCCCAAUCUUAAACAUGAUAAUGCAUUGUUAUAAUGAAUAUAUACUUUUCCAUACAUAUGAAAGUUUUGAAUAACAUUAUGAACAGAAAUUACAUCAAUUUAUUUGGUUUCAGACGUUGGCAUGUCGUUCACCGAGAAUCAAGACAUGUCGGAGAAAUCUCAAGACGUGUCGGUGAAUUAUCAAGACAUGUCGGUGAAAUCUCAAGACGUGUCGGUGAAAUAUAAAGACAUGUCGGUGAAAUCUCAAGACUUGUCGGUAAAUUAUGAAGACGUGUCGGUGAAUUAUGAAGACAUGUCGGUGAAAUCUCAAGACGUGUCGGUGAAUUAUCAAGACAUAUCGGUGAAAUCUCAAGACGUGUCGGUGAAUUAUCAAGACAUGUCGGUGAAAUCUCAAGACGUGUCGGUAAAUUAUGAAGACAUGUCGGUGAAAUCUCAAGACGUGUCGGUGAAUUAUGAAGAUAUGUCGGUGAAAUCUCAAGACGUGUCGGUGAAUUAUGAAGACAUGUCGGUGAAAUCUCAAGACGUGUCGGUGAAUUAUCAAGACAUGUCGGUGAAAUCUCAAGACAUGUCUGACGAAAUGAACAUCGUGUACGCAACAACACUCGAUAGGGUACCAAAUAUAUUCAACAUGCUGUCACAAAACAGUCAGGACGUUCCAGAACUGGUCAAUAUCCUUUGUACCGACGAAACACUUUCUGGGCUAUACAACGUCGUGCCUACGUCCCAAAAUCUCCCAGAAGCGUUAGACGUGGUAUCAACUACGUGCCAAGAAACUGCGGAUCUGCUUGACGUGAUAUCAUCGCAAGAGGCUCAGGAAAUACUGAACGUGGUAACUACAUCACACCAUAACACGGACAUGUACAACAUUGUAUCUGAUCCUAAUGACGUUUCUGAAAUCUACAUAGAGCCCGCGCCGUAUGAUGCAUACAAUACCCUACCACCAACUCAAACACCUGAAUUGUACCAACCUAUGUCAUCCACAUCUCAACUGGUUCCUGAUACAUACACUGUGCUGUCUCAAGAUUUUUGCCAAGUUUCGAACCUCUCCUGCUCUAGAAUUGAUCCUCAAUCGAUACCGGUACCGACUUUGCUGGAAGUCCCUGCACUCAGAAGUAUUAAGACUAAAAAACGAACUACUUCCAGGCCAAAAGAUAAGCGUUCGAAGAAGAAUAAGUCUCCCGAUACCAAGGCUAAUUCGAAAGAUCGUGAUAAACCAGCCGAUCCUAUCGAAAUUAAAUUUUCUACUAAGCGAAGAAAAGUUAAGAGUCAGCUCAUCGAAUUGCAUAACGGAAAGAAGCUGUUGAUUGUGAACGAAUACCCAUAUUACUUCAGACAUGUAUUGAAGUCCUCUCCAUUGAAUCGUUGGUGUUGCAACAAGAAUUCCUGUAAUGCCUAUGUUCAUGCCACGGUCGAUAAUAAUACUGUUGUUGCCUUCGGAAGUGAUCGACACAAUCAUCUACCAUCUAAAUUCAAACAGCGAGAAGACGGAACAUAUAUAAAGGUUUAAAUUUAUAAUUUAUCAUGUACGUCAAUGUUGUAUCAUAAAUGUGCAAUCUCUUAUUUAUUAAAUUUGUAAGAAUAUUUAUUUUAAAAUUGUUAUACACAGCUCUAUCUGUUAUUGUUUUAACUGUUUUCUAGUCACCUAUGUAGUUGUCUUUCUAAAAGACUUUUUGAGGAUCUCAAUGUUUUAAUUAAGGUUAAUAUUAUAUCAGUAUUACUAGUGAUAUUACGUAUUAGUUGUAGGUUUUACGUAAUAGAAUAAGAAAUAAAAAACGGACUAAACUGGGUAAUCAUAAGUCAUUUAAUAUCUUAAGCACAAGGCAGCAAAACGGCAAUGAAGUACUUGAAAAUGUCGA